ACAGAGAGAAGAAAAAAAAGAAGAUGGAGAAGGAGAAGGAAGAUGGAGCCUACAAAGCUCACUGUGUAGUCGUCCCGUUUCCAACCCAAGGCCACAUAAAUCCCAUGCUCCAAUUCUCCAAGCGCUUAGAGCGCAAAGGCCUCAAAGUCACACUCGUCACAACCAAAUCAUUUCAAAACCGCUCAUCAUCCCAGUCCACGUCCAUUGCCUUAGAGACCAUCUCCGACGGCUACGACGACGGCGGGAUGGUGGUGGCCGAGAGCACCGAAGACUACCUGGAUAGAUUUCGUGAAAUCGGGUCAAGGACCCUGACGGAGGUCAUCCAUAAGCUCUCAGACUCGGGCCAUAGAGUUGAUGGUAUCGUUUAUGAUGCGUUUAUGCCUUGGCCACUGGAUGUAGCCAAAGGGUUUGGGAUCGUUGGGGUACCUUUCUUCACUCAGUCUUGCGCUGUUAACAACAUAUACUGCCAUGUCCAUCAGGGUUUGCUCAAAGUUCCUCCAAGUACUGAUGAGACGUUGCUUCCUGGAGUGCGGGUACCUCUUCGAGCUUCGGAUAUGCCAUCUUUUGUUUCUGCUCCCAGUCAGUACCCGGCUUUUCUUAGAAUGGUUGUGGAUCAGUUCUCCAAUGUUGACAAGGCUGAUUGGAUCUUCUGCAACACAUUUUAUGAGCUAGAAGUAGAGGAGGCGGAUUGGAUGUUAAAGUUUUGGCCAUUGAGGACGAUCGGUCCAACCAUACCAUCCAUGUACCUGGAUAAACGACAUGAGGAUGACAAAGAAUAUGGCUUCAGCCUCUUUAAGCCAAAUAGUGAUGCCUGCAUGACAUGGCUAAAUGACCGACCAAAGGGAUCGGUAGCUUACGUGUCAUUUGGCAGCCUAGCAGAACUUGGAGCUGAGCAAAUGGAGGAACUGGCCUGGGGUUUAAAGAACAGCAACAUCUGCUUCUUGUGGGUCGUCAGAGAGAAAGAAGCAACCAAGCUUCCUAGUGGGUUUGCAGAGGCGAUAAAGGAGAAGGGUUUGGUGAUCUCAUGGUGUCCACAAUUGGAGGUUUUGGCAAACGAAGCUAUUGGUUGUUUCGUUACGCACUGCGGUUGGAACUCGACUUUGGAGGCACUGAGCUCAGGGGUUCCAAUGGUUGCUGUGCCACAAUGGACUGAUCAGAGCACUAAUGCAAAGUAUAUCAUGGAUGUGUGGAAAAUGGGGCUUAGAGCUAAAGCUGAUGAGGAAGGGAUAAUGAGGCGACAAGAAAUAGAAAAUUGUGUGAGAGAAAUAAUGGAGGGAGAGAGAGGGAAAGAGAUAAAAAAGAAUGCUUGGAAGUGGAAAGAGUUGGCCAGAAAGGCUGUGGAUGAAGGUGGAAGUUCGGAUAGAAACAUUGAUGAGUUCAUUGCAAAACUAGUUCAGCAUGAACAUGUAGCUAGCUAAGCUUUAAGCUAUGGUACGAAUUUCUGAAUACAGACUCCGCCUGGUAAUCAAUAAGUUUCGUUCACAUACUAUAGUGAGGUAAUUAAUCAAUCAUAAUUGAAGGUGUGUGCUAGAUUAUCCAUAUUAAUAAUAAAUAUAUUGUCAAAAGUUAAUUGCUUUAGAAGUCCCCUAAAUAUUAUAUCAUGCUAUGUAUAUAUUGAUUGGCUCUGCACUUCGAUCAGAUUAUUUUGUCUAACCGCGAGAGGUGCUGGGUACUCUCACCGCAUCGUAUACCAUGCAUGCCUGAUUCGAAUUCAAUCAUUGGAGAAUGGUCUGAAACCUACCAUUCAAUCAAUUGAAAGCAAUUACUAACGGCUAGCAAGAGACAGUAAUAAUUAGCUAGUCAUCCAAUCAUGAGGCAGGUACCAACAAUGAUCAAUGACCAUAGUAAACGUUUUUCUUUUCAUUAAAUAAAAACAAAUAUGAAGUUGUAAGGAAAAAAGAAAUUUUGGAAGGGAAAUUAUAAAUUGUGUUCAAGACGUGAUCCACGUGUACCAGAAUCUUGGGCCCUUCCGCCAGCAGAUUGGAUUGAAGUUAACAUUGAUGGAGCUUUGGGCUUUUUUACGAGUGGGUGUACGUGGGGUGGUCUUUCAUGAUAAACUUUUGUGUGUGGGUUGUGCUUUCCGGUUGAUCAUGUUUGCACUUUGCACUCAUGCAGUGGUGGAGGCUUUAGCUAGUAGGGCAGCGGUGAAUUUUGUGUUUAAUUAAUCCCCUAUUGCAUGUCUUUGAGUCAGACUAAUUGACUGUUGUGAAUGCGGUCUAUAAUAUGGAGGAGGAUGAUUCUUCAUUUUGAUUGCUGACUGACUGACUGAGGACAUCAAGUUUCCGAUACUGUACUUUGUUUUCGAUCUUAUUUCUUCAUGUUUAUCACGAUGCCAAUACUUUAGCACUUAAGUUGGCAAACUUGGCUCACAAUGCUUAU